CUGUCAAGGAAAACGGCUCAUUGAUUCUAUUAUGUUACGAGGAAUAGUGGCAACACCGCUCUUGAGGGAGACUGACAUUUGAUUGACAGAAGGGUAGAGAUGUCAGGCGAGAUGUCAGAAAAAGGAGGCAAUUGGGUUUUUGGGAUGAAAAAUGGUGGUUCGAGGUGUGAAUUAUAAAAAUGUAAUUUAUUGCUAAAACUAUGAAUAAUGCUGAAAGUCAUGGAAAUAAACCUAUAUCGUGUACGUUUGGUGGUUUUACUAUAGAUCAGAAGCGUUGGAGACAAGACGAGAAAACUGGACCACCCAAGAUAUAUGGGAUGCAGCAGAUUCAGUUGAAGAUGGACAAAGAUGAGGCUGCGGUACGGCUGUGCCUGGGGUGCGGCUGGGGCUGUGCCUGCGGCUGCGGUGGUGCGGCUGGGGUUGCCAGCGUCUACAUCUCCGGGUGCAGGCCUGGAGUUGGAGCCGUGGUGACAGCGGCUGUCAGGGCUGUCAACAUCAAUAUCAACCGGACCAAGGCUGGAGGAACAGUGGAGGAGAUGGCUAUCAGUGGUGUCAGUACCCAGACUGAAGACACCAGACCAUACCAUACCAGACUGAGGCGGGAGUCUGAACUUCGGUUCGCAUGCUCAAUGGCCGACGGGCGGCAGUGGCGACGCUGUCAUCAACAGGACUGGAGCUACAUCUACAGUUGCAUGAUCACCAUGAUUAUUAUAAGGAGCACCGAACUGGGUGUUAUUUACAUAUUAUUUAGUUAGUUUUGAUCAGGUGCAUAAAGUUACUCGUAAUGUAGGUUAAUAAAGGUAUGAGGUACCUAUGUUAUGGUUAUAAGGAAAGGGAAAAUUAAUUUGAAACCUGGAUGAAUUCCAUUGCAUUGGUAUUGUUACUUAAUUAA